AUGGGAGAUCCAUCCUGGAUGUCUCCAAUUAUUUUGUACCUUCAACACGGAAAACUUCCGGAAGGAAAGGCAGAAGCCCGAAAAAUACAACACAAAGCAAUAAACUACGAGAUGGCGGAUGGCGUCCUUUAUCGAAAAUCAUUCAUGGGCCCAUUACUACGCUGUGUUGAUAAAACAGACGCCCAAUACCUAGUCAGAGAAAUCCACGAAGGAUUAUGCGGGAUACACGCGGGACCGCGCAUGGUCGUGGCAAAAAUAAUGAGCGCCGGAUACUACUGGCCAGGAAUGCACAUGGACGCAGUUGAUCUUUUAAGAAGAUGCGAGGCAUGUCAACGCCACGCACCAAAGACACUCCGACCCAAAAACCCACUAAUUCCCGUUACUUCCGCCUGGCCAUUCCAACAGUGGGGCAUUGAUCUUGUUGGCCCAUUUCCUGACGCACCGGGUGCAAUUUGGGUUACCAUUGCGCAUUAUUUCCGACAAUGGUACAAACUUCGCCGCGAAAUACCUUCAAAAAUGGUUUAA